AUGGUGAAAAGUAGAACAAAUAUGCAGUGGAAGCCAUCGUCAACGUCUUCAUCGGUGGUCAGUAUAGCAGGGACUGUAGUGACUACGCUGCUGUUGCUCAGACUGUUGUUGUCCUCAUCAGUCGUGCCUCUCGGUCUAUCUCUGUUUGGACCUUACGUACCGGAUUUUAAGAAUGUACCUGGUGUGGAGUAUUAUGAUCUACGUAACUACCAGGGGAAUAGUGAUGGAUGGCAGCGUAACGACAGGAUCCUGUUCUGUGUGCCACUAAGAGACGCUGCUGAACAUCUCCCGAUGUUCUUUGAACAUCUCAAUUUGAUGACUUAUCCACACAAUUUCAUCGAUUUAUCCUUCCUAGUGAGUGACUCUUCAGAUGACACCAUGGGUGUCUUACUGUCCCACUUACAAUCUGCUCAAUCUCAGAUGGAUAAGUCUAAAAGAUUCGGUAAUAUAGAGAUCUAUGAAAAGGAUUUUGGUCAGAUCAUUGGUCAAUCUUUCUCUGAUAGACAUGGUUUCGCGGCUCAGGGUCCUAGAAGAAAACUUAUGGCAAGAGCAAGAAACUGGCUGGGCUCCGUGGCAUUGAAACCGUACCAUUCCUGGGUCUAUUGGAGAGACGUGGACGUCGAAACUGUACCUCGCACAAUCAUGGAAGAUCUAAUGCAUCACGAUAAAGACGUCAUCGUACCAAACGUAUGGAGACCUCUUCCAGAUUGGUUAGGGAACAUCCAGCCUUAUGAUCUUAAUUCGUGGCAAGAAUCCGAAGGUGGGUUACAGUUGGCAGAAGCGCUGGAGGAAGACGCGGUCAUCGUGGAGGGGUACCCUGAAUACGCUACAUGGAGGCCUCAUCUAGCGUACAUGAGAGAUCCUAAUGGCGAUCCAGAAGAAGAAAUGGAAUUGGAUGGUAUCGGUGGUGUCUCAAUUUUGUCUAAGGCUAAGGUGUUUCGUACGGGUUCUCACUUCCCUGCUUUCUCCUUUGAAAAACAUGCUGAAACUGAAGCAUUCGGAAGAUUAUCAAGAAGAAUGAAUUACAACGUCGUUGGGCUGCCUCAUUACGUGAUUUGGCACAUUUACGAACCUUCCACCGAAGAUUUAAAACAUAUGGCUUGGAUGGCUGAAGAAGAAAAACGUAGAUUGGAAGAAUCAAGAAUCAAAGAUUUUUAUGACAAGAUUUGGAGAACAGGGUUUGAAGACGUUAGAGACGAUUGGGCCGAUGAAAGAGAUGCCAUCCUAUUAAAUAUCGAUUACUCUGCAACUUCCGAAAGAAAAAUUGCAGUGGAUUGGUCUGAAAAUGGAGACGGUUCAGAAUUAGUCGAAAAUAACGUUCAAGAACCAAAUAGGGAAGUCCCAGCAGAUUUCGAUCCUUCUCUAUAA